AUAUAAGGGUGCGGAAUACUGUAUAUCUCUUGUUAAUUAAAUAGGUUGGGGUCCGGCGUAUCGUAAAGAGUUUGAUUAAAUUUUGUUGACAGAUGAUGAAGAGACAGAUUUUGUGGAAUGAAUACAAGGCGUUAUUGUUGUACAAGAAUGCUGCUGCUCUGGGUGUCCGGAAACUUGCACUCUCGGCGACUCCGGCUCACUGGUCUUCUGACUCGGAAGGUGAACAAGACUGGUACGCCUCCCGUAUCAUCCAAGACAAGGACCUUCUUCGCAAGAGCCUCACCGAUUCGGGAACGGGCCUCCAUGUUCUUGAUCUCGUGGAAGCCGACCGGACUCUUUACAUAAAGCUGCUCAACAAAUGUAGCCAGACGGGCCAGCUCACGAAGGCCAGAAUUGUCCACGCUCACAUCCGCACUUCCCAAUUCAACACUGACCUUCCCCUCCACAACACCAUUCUCAACGUGUACGUCAAGUGCGGCAGCUUGGACGACGCCCGCCACCUGUUCGAUGAAAUGCCCCACAGGGAUUUGGUCACCUGGACCGCCUUGAUCUCUGGCUAUUCUCAACAUGAUCUGCCUCAGCAGGCACUUGUUCUCUUUCCUCAAAUGCUUCGCCACGGGCUCGUUCCCAACCAGUUCACUAUCUCUAGCUUAUUCAAGGCUGCUGGUGCUGGACCUGAGCCUGAUGAUAAGCACGGCAAGCAGCUUCAUGCCUAUUGCUUCAAGUGCGGUUUCGAUUCCAAUGUUUAUGUGGGCACUUCUCUUGUUGACAUGUAUGCUAGGUGUGGCCGUAUGGACGACUCCCAGAUCAUCUUUGACGCCCUCGACACCAAGAAUGCGGUGUCUUAUAAUGCUUUGAUCGCCGGCCAUUCUAGGAAGGGUCAAGGAGAGCCUGCUCUGAGGUUGUUCUGGAAGAUGCUCAGGGGUGGAUUCAAACCCACUCAUUUCACUUAUUCUAGUGUGUUUACUGUUUGUGCCAGUGCAGGGUCUAUGGAGCAAGGUAAGUGGGUUCACUCUCAUAUGAUUAAAUCAGGCGUUAACCCUGUUGCUUUUGUUGGGAAUACUCUUCUUGACAUGUAUGCCAAGUCAGGCAGCAUUGAGGAUGCUAGAAAGGUAUUUGACCGCUUAGUUAAGCGAGACAUUGUUUCUUGGAAUUCCAUGCUUACUGGAUACGCCCAGCAUGGGCUUGGGAAGGAGACUGUACAGCUGUUUAAAGAAAUGCUUAGGAUUGGAAUUCAACCUAAUAGUGUAACAUUCCUCUGUGUUCUUACUGCCUGUAGCCAUUCUCACCUCUUAGAUGAAGGACACUACUAUUUUCACUUGAUGAGGGAAAAGUUCAAAAUAGAACCACAAGUUUUUCAUUAUGUUACAAUGGUUGAUCUUCUUGGCAGAGCAGGUCUUCUUGAUAGAGCUAACAAGUUCAUAAAAGAAAUGCCCAUCGAACCUACUGCAGCUGUCUGGGGAGCCUUGCUAGGUGCUUGUAGGAUGCAUAACAAUAUCCACUUGGGUGCCUAUGCUGCUGAGCGUGCUUUUGAACUUGAUCCUUCUGAUUCAGGACCAUAUAUUAUACUCGCUAAUAUGUAUGCAUCUGCUGGAAGAUUGAAUGAUGCUGCCAAAGUGAGAAAGACGAUGAAAGACGGUGGGGUGAAAAAAGAACCUGCCUGUAGCUGGGUGGAGAUUGAGAAUGCAGUCCACAUGUUUGUGGCAAGCGAUGAUGCACACCCACAGAGAGUAGAGAUAUAUAAUAUGUGGGAGGUGAUUAGCAAGAAGAUGAAGGAUAUUGGAUACGUUCCGGACACUAGCCAUGUACUUUUCUUUGUGGACCAGCAGGAGAGGGAAGUCAAGUUGCAGUUUCACAGUGAGAAGCUUGCACUCGCAUUUGCGCUUCUUAAAACUCCUGCUGGAUCCACCAUACGGAUCAAGAAGAAUAUCAGAGUUUGUGGCGAUUGUCAUUCAGCAAUCAAGUACGUCUCCAAGGUGGAAAGGCGAGAAAUCAUUGUAAGAGACACCAAUCGGUUCCAUCAUUUUCGUGAUGGUUCUUGUUCUUGUGGGGACUAUUGGUAGUGUUGAUUUAUGAAGAUUUCGCGUAUUAUAGUUCACAUGCUUCUGGUGUGCAACAGGAUAAUUUUCUUCUUUAAUUCAAAGAAGAUUCAGGGUUUUCGCAUACAUCACAAGUCAGUAGAUGGUUAUAUGUUCUUAAGCAUCUCACAUACAAAGUAAUGGCCGGCAAUGGAUCUUAUGUAGAAUGAAGGGAAAUGUCUGUUGAAAUGCUUUGAGCCAUGAACAUCGAUUAUAGGCCAUAUGACCACAAGAGCUCAAAUGCAACGGCGAGCUGCAAGGCAAUGAUCUAGGAAGAGCCUUUGGAAAUAUGAGGAGGUAGCAUAUCUCAAGUACAAUGUUGAUUUGUUGAACCAUAUUUUCUCGUCUCGCGAAUGCAAGGGCAUGCUCAUCUACAAUAUCUUGAAUAUAGUGCGGGGGAUACUUGAACACAAUAUACUUCUUAUUUGUGAACAUUGAAGUGAUUGAACACAAUCGAUUAGCAUAAAGGUUGAGAGCAAAUUAAAUGCAGGCUUCAUGUAAGACUGUUGCUAAAUUUUAUGCAAAUUCCAUAUGUACCAUGUGUUAUCACACAUUGUGCUG